AUGAAUUCAAACAACAAUGCAAAAUUCACUACCGUUGGACAAAAGUUAUUAAAGGAGCCAAUAUGGAUAGGAAUGAUUGUGGUGUUUAUUUUGUUGAUUAUAUUUGGAAUAUCCUAUAUCAUUAAAAAGAAGUGUGCAAAGUAUUUGAUCUGCUGCAAGGACACUAAAGACAUUCUGCGAGAACGAGAGGACGAGAUACCGGCUCAUUGUAACAACCCAUUGUCUUCGUCGCCUCCUCUGAGUCUGCAGGCCUCUGUCGUCAUUAAAGAAAACAUCGACUGUAUCUCAACUGAUAACUUGGCUUUGGAUAUUUCUGAUUAUGCCCCAGAAAGCUCUACAACAACUCCAAGAAAUUUGACACCCAAAGUGGAUAUAACGAACAAGAAGGCUGCAGCCAAAUUGUUCGCUUCCUACGAUAAACAUUUGUCGUUUCCAUUCGACGCUCAUAACCUUCCUAGUGGAAUGCAUCCUGUCGGAGGCUUGAAAUCGGGUGUUUUGGAAUUUAACCCCUCUGAAAAAGAAGAUAAUGGUGACGAAAAUUUCGUGCUUCAAUCCCCUCCUUUACCUUCCGAAUACCGUAAACUGAGAUACAGCCAGACGACAUCUGUCUUUGAUACGAAAAGUGGCCGACAGGCAGAAGAUUCCUCAAAUCAUGUGACACGAUCAAAAUCUCUUUCGCCAGCAAUUUUGCAGGAAAGACAUCAAUACCCGAGAAUAGUAAUAAUCAAUGAAAACGUCCAAGGCUCGGGUGGAUUUCAUGAACAAGAUCAUGGUUUAGCAGUAUCCGACCAAGAAAAACAGAGACGGUCAUCUUUCACUGAAAUGAAAGCCGAAGAUAAGCGAAGAAUUUUCUCAAACAGUAAAACUUCCUUUCAAGAUCUAGAGAGAAGUGUUGUACCGAGCAAAAAUGUCCGGCGGUCAAAUAGUAACCGAGAGGUGUUGAUUUUGUCGCAAAGCGACAACAACUACAGUUCUGAUGCAUUUGUAAACUCAUUAGAUAUUGAUAUCGUGCACUCUCAACCAACUACGGGCUUAUCUAGAAUGGAAAGAAAGUUAUCUUUGUCUGAUACUAAAGUUUGUGGAAGAGCAUAUCAAUCCAAUGACCAUCCCAGCAAUUUAAAGACAUCUGCUUCUGUCAACGAAAAUAGGAGAAACAAAUCAAUAUGCAGUCGAAAGUAUCACAUUCGAAUUGUUAAAAGGAGUAACCGAUCACGACAAAAUGGACGUUCGCGUUCACGAGACACGUCAUGUGAGUGUUCUUGUGCAUCAAGAGAAGAAUUAAAUACCAGCAUAUCGGGGAAAAAGAGACAUAAGAAAAGGUCAAAGAAAAGGGUGGAAGUUACAGAUUCCAGUAGCGAUAGAGAGGAUUUCUAUCAGCACCCAUUUAGAAAGUCUAAAAGAAAUGAUUUACCUUUCCCAUCUCCAAACCUUGGUUCGACAGUUGGACAAACUCAAGCCAGCGUAGGAAAAGACAACGAAGCUUUAUCGUAUAUGCAAUCCUCAUUCCAAUCUCAUUUGAGGAAACCUGACGAUUUUCUUGAUAUCAAACAAACUGAAAUUUUACGUCAGAAUAAUAAAAACUUUAGUCUUUCAAGUUCAAACCCUAGUGAAAAUGACGAUCCUUUCAUCAUAGGAAGGCACUCCAUUCAUCCUACAGACACAGAUACGGGAUUUUCUUCGUCAUCAAAAAGUUUAUAUACGUCUCCCUGGAGGGAUGGCGGAAUAGUGUCUAGAAACACGGGAUCCGAACAUGUUCGAACACGAUCCAUAGACAUCAACUUUACCAAAGAAAGGUUAAGGUCAACGAAUUCAGUUAAUGGUAGUAGAGUCAAGGAUUCUGCUUAUGAAUCAAAACAGUCGUCGCUAGACACCAUGUCCUUUGAACGAACCAGUGAAAAACGAUACGAAAACUGGAUCAAUAGGUACGAAGAUCGAAAAAUUACAAAGCAGCUUGAACAAGUGUCUUUUAAACUAUCAUUGCUACGAAACAAGAGAAAUUACUCAAGGGAUCAGUCCAAAGACAGUGCAUUCGUCACCGUGUCUGAUGAGGACCCCUGCAUCUGGGACUCCGAUAGCUCAGGAAGGAGAUCGAGUUAUCCGGGCAUUAUCAACAAAGCCUUUACCUUGGAACAAGUGUCCGAGGAGGGAGAUGUCGCAAAUACACCUGACCAGACGGCAGCUGCAGAGCAUCUUAACACUAAAUGCGCCAUUAUCAGUACAGCUCGCCAAAACCCUGUAACCUCGACGAUAGAGGAAGAUAUUGAAAUGGUGGAAUUCAUUGUGUGAUAUCUGUGAUUUAUUAUUUAAAAAAAAAUAAACAGUUAACACAAACAUAAAUUAAAUAAAUCAUCAUGUACAUGUAAUAGAUA